UGAAACAGAUAUUUGAUGUUGUCUCUCCUAAAAACAGGUUGGAAAGAGAUUCUUAGGAACCCUAAUCGAAUCACUCCAUCAAUCAUAUGAAUGAAUGAAUGAAUGAAUGAAUGAAUGAAUGAAUGAAUGAAUGAAUGAAUCGGCCCCACCCUAAAAUAGGUUCGGCUGUUGAAGUCCGCGUAAGCUCUCUCUUCCCCGCCUUCAACCCCAUCUUAUUUUGCCUCCUUUUUUCUCUCUCCCUUCUCCUCACAAGGUGAGAGAGAGAGAGAGAGAUCGGACGAAGAACGAAAUAAACACACCACUGUGACUCUGUCAAUCCCACAUUGGACUUCAUCACCUCGUUUUCCUUCUCUCUCUCCGCUCUCAACCACCAAUUCCUCCUUCUUAUGCUCUCCUUUUCCCCCCUUUCUUCAAUCCCCCACCCCUUCAGGAACCCCCAGAUUCCAGGCCUUCCCAAUGGCCAUCUGCAGAUGAUUUUCUCCCUUCUUUAAUCCUUCCGUCUGCAGAUUUUGCUUUGGGGGAUCCAUUUCAUGUUCUUAUGGAUGCCGAUUUUGGGGUACGUACAUCCUGAUUUCAAUCGGUGUUCUGAUUUUCUCUCAAACCCUAGUGGCCCUCCAAUCUGCCUGCCAAUCUUGGUGGGUGUUGACGAUUUUUGGGUUUCCAGGCUUCCAACGCGAAUUCUAGCGCUUGGAAACCAAACCCUUUUGCCGAAUCACGGAGAAGUUUGGGCGUUGUUUUCAAUUUGAGGAGUUUCGGGUAAAGCCCCAGAUGCGAGGGAGGUCUGGAAAUUUGAAUUUGAAUCCUGCUUUUCUUUGAUUCAUUGCUGUUCAAUGCAAUGGAGCGGCCAUUGUCUACGUUCAUCUUCGUGAUUUCGGGGUUUGCUUUCAGUAUUUUAUCGCUUCUUGUUGAGUCUCAGGCUCGAGAUGGAGCCAUUUCCUCUUCCUCGCCGCCUCCGCCUCCUCCAUCUCCACCACCUCCUUCUCCGCCACCGCCACCACCACCUCUAUCACCACCGCAGUCACCACCGCUAUCACCACCGCAAUCACCACCGCAGUCACCACCGCUAUCUCCACCGCCCCCGUCCCCAAACUUCGUCCCUCCACCCCCAAUCUUCGUCCCGCCUCCACCGCCUGCAUCUCCAUCUUCACCUCCGCCAAUAUUUCCCCCACCGCCUUCUCCGCCGAGUCUCCAGCAUCGUUCUACUCCGCUGCCGCCGCCUAUUCCUGCAUCCUCCGACGCGAAUAAAAAACCACCCGAAGUGAGUCGGAAUAACAACUCCCACAAUAUUGAAGGGUCGAAGAGAAGUCUCAAUAUGGGGAAGAAAGUAGGACUAUUCUUUGUUGGUAUUGCGGCAGUACUUCAAAUCUGCGUGGUGGGAUUUUUGGUAUUCAAGAGACGGCAGCUCCUAAGAUUCAAGGACCAGUACGAUGGUUUUUCUUGAAUCAAUUGGCAUCCGUUUCCUUUGUCUUACAUCAGAGCCAAGGACUUUAGGAGUAUGGUUGAGGAUAUCACGGCCAUCGAGCUAACUGAAUUGAAUCACUGCUAAAAAAAAAAAAAAGGCAACAAUUAGGUAAAUUUUCUUGACUUUGGGGUUGGGAAGAUGCACAAAACAUGUUCUUGAGAUGCUGCAGAAAAGAAAAAUGAAACAGAGGAGGCAGCAGGCGGAUAAUGAGGGGCAAGCAUCUUCUCUUAGGGUCUCCUCAGGUGUUGUGUAAAAAUGGGUACAUGAUAUGAUGAUUGGUUGAGUUUUUCUUCUUGUGAUUUUUGAAUUCUUGUUCAUUCUUUUGUCCAAUGCUGAUUAUACAGUUUGUUAAUUCAGAAGAAACCGCUUGAUAUACA